AUGGCUGCUCCUCAAGUAAUUGUGGUCGGCGGUGGAUUGUCCGGUCUUAGUGCCGCCCACACCGUCUACCUGAACGGUGGUAACGUCCUGGUCCUCGACAAGCAGGCCUUCUUUGGUGGUAACUCCACCAAGGCUACCUCCGGUAUCAACGGUGCCCUGACUCGCACCCAGACCGACCUCGGGAUCCAAGACAGCGUCAAACAGUUCUACGACGACACACUCAAGUCGGCCCGUGACAAGGCCCGUCCCGACCUCAUCAAGGUCCUGACCUACAAGUCCGCAGCUGCCGUCGAGUGGCUCCAAGAUGUCUUCAACCUGGACCUGACCCUCGUCUCCCGUCUCGGUGGUCACACCCACCCCCGCACACACCGUGGUCACGAUGCCAAGUUCCCCGGUAUGGCCAUCACCUACGCGCUGAUGGAGCGUCUGGAGACUCUGGCCGAUAAGGAGCCUGGCCGUGUUCAGAUCGUGAAGAAGGCCAACGUGACCUCCAUCAACAAGUCUGGCAACCUCGUCACGGGUGUCACCUACUCUGUAAACGGUGAGGAGAAGUCUGCGGAUGGUGUGGUCGUUCUCGCUACUGGUGGUUACGCGGCCGACUUUGGCGACACCUCUUUGCUGAAGCAGCACCGUCCUGAUACCUUCGCCUUGUCCUCUACCAACGGUACCCACGCUACCGGUGAUGGUCAGAAGAUGCUCAUGGCCAUUGGUGCGAAUGGCAUCGACAUGGACAAGGUCCAAGUCCACCCUACGGGUCUCGUUGACCCGAAGGACCCAGAUGCCAAGUUCAAGUUCUUGGCCGCUGAAGCCCUCCGUGGUGAGGGUGGUCUUCUUCUCAACGCCGAUGGCAACCGUUUCUCAGACGAGCUUGGUCACCGUGACUACGUCUCUGGCAAGAUGUGGGAAGAGAAGGAGAAGGGCAAGUGGCCCAUCCGUCUCGUCCUCAACAGCAAGGCAUCCAAGGUCCUGGACUUCCACACUCGUCACUACUCCGGUCGUGGCUUGAUGAAGAAGAUGACCGGUGCCGAGCUGGUCGCUGAGAUCGGUUGCGGUGAAGCCGCCCUUAAGAAGACCUUCGAUGAGUACAACCUCAUCGCCGAUGGCAAGAAGAAGGACCCCUGGAACAAGCGUUUCUUCCACAACAUGCCCUUCAAAUUGGACGAUGAGUUCCAUGUCGCGCUCAUGGAGCCCGUUCUGCACUUCACCAUGGGUGGUAUUGAAAUCAACGAACACGCCCAGGUCCUCAACGGCGAGCAGAAGCCCUUCGAGGGCCUCUACGCCUGCGGUGAAUUGGCGGGUGGUGUUCACGGUGCAAACCGUCUCGGUGGCUCCUCCCUGCUCGGCUGUGUCGUCUACGGCCGUGUCGCUGGUGACUCGGCAUCCCAGCACCUCUUCCAGAAACUCCUCACCACCGGCACGGCUUCUAGCCGUCUUGGCCAGAUCUCUCUCCACAUCGACCCUAACACUCCCGGCAAGAUCGCCGUCGAGUGGGGCGCCGCAGGCGGCUCUCUGCCCGCUCUCGCCGCCCAGCCCCCAACAGCUUCCCCUGCAGCCGCUGCGGCCGCCCCCCAAGAAGCCGCCAAGUCGGACCCUGCCAACUUCAAGAUUCCCGAGACUGAAUAUACCAUGGAAGAGGUUGCUAAGCACAACACAAAAGAAGAUCUUUGGAUCGCUGUCAAGGGCGUCGUUUUGGAUGUGACUAACUGGCUGGACGAGCACCCUGGCGGUGCUAACGCUUUGUUCAACUUCAUGGGCCGCGAUGCUACUGAGGAGUUCGCCAUGCUGCACGAUGACGAAGUCAUCCCCAAGUAUGCGGGCCAUAUUGUCAUCGGCCGCAUCAAGGGUGAGACUCCUAGCCUUGAGCUGUAG